AAGGAUAUCACAUUCAAAACGACGACGUUUCUAAAGACUCCCUGAACCCUAACAGCCUCACUACUACGCAAGGGUUUAAGCAACCCAGGCCUUCUUCUGAUUCUUUCAAUCGCCAAUCUUCGAACCUCAAAUGGCUUCCUUCUGUAGAUCCGCUCUAAUGGCGAGUUCCAGGUCCCUCGUAGCUCGCUCCAAAGUUGUCACUCCCAAAUCACUAAACUCAACUCCCUUCGCCUCUCCAUUUUCUUCAACUUCUGGAACCGUUCCCAGAGCGUCGCGGGUUAUUUCUGCUUUGGGAAGCGUUGAUUCAUUGAUGCCGCUUCAUAGUGCCAUUGCAUCUGCUCGUCUCAAGUCUAACAUCGCUGUUGAUUCCACCUGCUGGAGUUGCCUUUCUCAAGACUUUGCAGUUCCUCGGUGACAACAACUCUGGGCUUUGUUCAUUACCAGUUGGUUUGAAUGACUUCUAGGACUCGACACCAGCUGAACAAGCGAAAAAGAACCCAAGUUAAAUCAAGCCACUAUGACCAAGGUUCGAUCAAGUUUUGCAGGCUGUAACAAACUUGUAUUUUGCUAUUGAAUGCUUCAAGAUUGCUAUAUUGCUAUUGAAUGCAUCAAGAUUACUAUAUUUUUUUUUAAAGUUUAUUUUGAUCAAUAUUUUUGAAUCACAGUAUCUUGUUGCUCGAAAAUUAAAGCAAUUAUAUUAAAGUUUAUUUAGCAUUA